AUGUCAUUUUCGCACAGAGCUCUCUUCGUCAAGAACUUGAGCUUCAACGUCACGCCAGAGGAGCUCUUCGAUCUCUUUGGCAAAUUCGGCCCGGUCCGGUGCGUCCACUCCAUCACACUCGCCGUGCGAGUCUUUUCUCUCGAGCCAAAUCCGACAGGGCAUCGCCAAUCGAACACCAAAGGCACAGCAUUCGUUGUCUAUGAAGACGUAAUGGAUGCCAAGUCGGCUUGCGACAAGCUAAACGGCUUCAACUUCCAGAAUCGCUACCUCGUCGAUAAGAUGCUAAAGCAACAGAGCGAUCUCGCCGAGCGCCAAGAGAACUUAGAAAAGCUGAAGAAGCAACACGGUAUCGAUUAG